UAACGCCGCUCGUGGUAACAAGAAGACUGACAUCAUUCCAAGACAUUCAUUCUAUUCCAAAACAAAUAUCUGACUAACUGACUAGAAUUAGUAUGGUCGAGUGCCUAGACUACCAUACAUUGGACAUCAUCAAAUACCUGGAAGCGUACCGUAAACAGCAAGAAGUGAGUGCAAAGAAAUCAUUCGAUUUCUGCAAAUAUAUUGGAUAUUGGGAGUGCAUGCACAUACCAAAAAUGAAGCUCGUAAACUCAGUCUAGUAUAUACAGUUAAACACCAAGUUUGACCUUGGUUGCUUGAUCUGUGUGGCAAAUGCGCGUGUAUCCCUCUCGGUUAGUUCGAUUAUCUUUAAUCUCCCUACUAUUUCUACUAUGUAUCGCUAUUAAAUAUAAUAAAUAUUUGGAUAAAGUCCUAUCUGGGCCUAAUUCUAUGAGCCAACUUAUCCGAAAUCUAGAUUUUGCUAGCGAACAUAAUACAAAGCCAUUUCAAAUUGACUGGGAAAACUACUCACUGACUGCACUUGAAAGUUCGAGAGUGGGACCUGGAGAGAAUGGUAUGCCUUUUAAACUAUCCUAUCAUGAUAAAGAACUAUCCAAUAAAACUAUAAAUGAGAAUGGAUUUAGUGUGUAUGUCAGUGGAAAAAUCAAAAUAGAUAGAUCUAUUAAAGACAUCCGCCAUCCACGUUGUAAAGGAAAACUAUAUUCCAGCAACCUUCCUACUGUUUCAGUGAUUAUUCCUUUUUAUGAAGAGCAUUGGGAGACUCUCCUACGCACAGUCGCAUCGGUUUUGAAUCGAGCUCCCUCAGGAUUAAUAAAGGAAGUAAUUCUGGUUGAUGAUGGAAGCUCCCGAAAAUACUUGAAAGAUAGACUUGAUAGUCAUCUUGCAACUGCGUACUCAGGUGGUGUAGUACGUGUAAUUCACUUGGAACAUAGAGGAGGUCUUAUUCGAGCGAAAACAGCGGGUGCCAGAGAAGCUACCGGAGAAGUACUGAUAUUCCUGGAUUCUCAUUGUGAAGCUGGAAUAAAUUGGCUCCCACCGCUACUUGAUCCGAUUGCUGCGAACUACAAAACAGUCGUUUGUCCAUUUAUUGAUGUAAUAGAUGCAGAUACCUUUGAGUAUCGUGCACAAGAUGAAGGGGCUCGAGGAGCAUUUGACUGGGAAUUGUACUACAAGCGGCUUCCACGAUUACCAGAAGAUAGAUAUCACCCUGAAGAGCCUUUUGAUAGUCCAGUGAUGGCAGGAGGUCUGUUUGCUAUCAGUGCGAAGUGGUUCUGGGAACUUGGAGGCUAUGAUCCUGGUCUUGUUAUUUGGGGCGGAGAGCAAUAUGAGUUAUCGUUCAAGAUUUGGAUGUGUGGAGGACGUAUGGUCGAUGCUCCGUGUUCUAGAAUAGGUCAUAUAUAUCGUAAAUACUCAACUAACUUUCCGAAGGCAGAAUUUGGGGACUUUGUUGGUCGUAAUUACAAGUAAGUAAAAUAGUUGUAUUAUUUUACUGAAUAUCUCGGACAUCAUCUACGGUAGCUUCCGUCGAGAUGUCAAGUUUCUUUCUAACACGUAAUAAUAUUGAAGUUUAAGAUAAAGUACACUGACGUGUGCGAAAUCGACAUAUAUUUUAUUCCGUUCGUUAAAUUACUUUAGUGUAAUUUUUACCGCACAUUUAUGAUUCGUGUACGCAAUUAAAAUCUAGGAUAAUUACUUUUGUGGAGUUCAGGUUCAUGUACUUUAUAUGAGAAGUGGUGACAAUAUCUAACUCUCCAAUGGUAUAUGUUGGCGAAAUUCAUACCUGUGAUCGCGAAACCACCAUUCCUCUAAUUUUCAACUACAUGACGGCUCUAGUGUCUCUUAUGUCCAAUCAGAACCAAUCUUUGUACCCUUAUUAUUAAUUAACUGCAUCACAAACCGACUAGUUGACUACAUACCAAGAAUAGAAUUUAUUCACUUCAGAUUAGUGCGAUUUGUAAGCAAGAAAUAUGCAGGUAAAUUACUAAUUGAACCUAGAUAAUAGGUUGUUAAAUUCUGAAAGUAAUGACGUACAACUUGAAGUGAAUUUCACCUACAUAAUCUGGCGUUACCAGCUGUCGAUGGCUGCUAUCA